AGCUGUCACAUCUUCGCAUACUCCUCAUCAAUGGCGAUAAACAACUGGGGACUCCUGUCCCAAGCGGACGAGGAUGCGCUUCACAACGUCGCACGUCUCCUCUCUGUCGAAGCGCGCCCGUUCCAGCGAGUCUCUGGUCGCCUGCUCAAGUCCGACGCAUUUGCAAAUGGCCGACUAGUACAGCUUCCCUCGCCGCCACCUGAUGCUUCUGCUGCAGAAGAAGCUGCUGCCGCGAGGGCAAUCGAACGAGACCAACAAGAUCACAAAAUCCAGGUUUGGCGGAAUGAUCUAAUGAAUGAGCUCGACCUUUUGGACUACACAAUCCUGCGCUUCGAACUCACGACUGAAAGCAAUCACGAUGAGCGGGCGCGAUAUGCACGAGAAAAGACCGCCAUCACCGAGAAGCAGGAGCGUGUUAAAGAGAAUAUCGAGAAGCUGCGGGUCGACUUGGAGCAAACAAAGGAGACAUUAGCCGUUCGCAAGACAUAUGACGAGCUGACGGAGAAGAUUACAAACAGCAAGAUGCUGAAGCCGCGAGACGAGCAGGCGCUUGCUCACGCGAAGUUGGACGAGGAGAUCGCGGAGCUCGAGCAAGAAGUACAGACCGCGAAGGAUACCUGGAACGAGCGCCGUGUGCAGUUCUACCGCAUCGAGGAGGAGGCACGAGAAAUGCUGCGUAUGAUUAAAGACGAGAAGGAAGAAGCGGAACGCAAGGAAGGCAUGAUGAAGGACAGAGACGACGAAGGCGAUGGAGAAGGCAGCACAACGAGAGGCGAUGUCAGCCAUGUGGGCACACCAAGGCCGGAUGGUGGCCUUACGCCGAUACAUAUCAGCCAAUCCGCCGACACUUCAAAUACGCUGAAGGUCCCGCACGAUCGACUAGCACCUCUUUCUCGAGACGCAAGUGUCGCUCCUUCCCCUGCAGCUUCUGCAGGCGUGGACGACGCAGAGAUGGGGGAAGCAGGCGAGAAUGGGGGAGAUACCCAGGCGGACCAUUCGUCUGGCCCGGAAGAGGGCGAGGAUGUGGAAGAGGGCGAAGAUGAUGAGCAAAGUGGAGACCGGGGAGGCGAAACUCCGCGUGAUAUGGACGAUCCCUGAUCAGUCGUUUUCAUAGUUCUCUUUUCCGGACGGGCCGUUUCUGCGCGUGCGACGACAGAUAGCCUAUUUCUUUGGGUUCCUCUCAUUUUGAUACCCUGUUUCCUUGCAUAGCGCGGUGUUUGAGGCAUGGAACAACCUUUCCUGGGCUAUGUACAUCUACAUAUAGACUCGUGGGUAUGAUAUCUGGAUGAGCCGGGCGUGGACGGCUUAUGAGAUCUCACGGAGGCUUUCCUUGCCCUUUGCAAUCGCCUCCUUCGCCUUAGUAACGUCUUCCGUCGAAGCUUCCCCGCCUGCCUCUUUGUUGCUCUCAAGCUGUUCCUCC